AUCUAAUUCAUAUGUGUUUACACUUUACUCACUUUACAGUUUACUUGUUCUAACCUUAAAUAAUUUAUAAUGUAUAGGCGAGAUAAGCAUUAACCGGUGUCAACAAAUAAAAAUUUUAACAAUGGCUUAUAUUCUUGAAGAAGCAUUAAAAGUUUUUUACGAAGAAACAUCAGAAUUAUAUUUGCAUGGUCACAUUGAUGAAGUGUACUCUUUAGAUGCAUUACAAUUUCACAGAGACUAUGUGUCAAAAAAUAUACCUGUAAUUAUUAGAGGUGGAUGUUCCAAAUGGUCUGCUACACACAAGUGGAACUCUCAGUAUUUUAGGCAAGUUAUACCAAACAAAGAAAUAACUCUAGCUAUCACACCAAAUGGAUAUGCAGAUGGGAUAACAAAAGAUAAGACUGGUAUUGAAUGCUUUGUGAUGCCAUGUGAAGUACAAACUACUAUGUCACACUUUUUAGAUAUGCUUGAAAAUAAAAGAGAAAAUUAUAUACCCUACAUUCAGAGACAGAAUUCUAACUUAACUGAAGACUUCAAAGAAUUAUUAUCAGAUGUAGAACAUGAUAUAGAUUUUGCAAGUAAAGCAUUUAAUAAGGAGCCUGAUGCUGUCAAUUUUUGGAUGGGUGACUCAAGGGCUAUAACCUCAAUGCACAAAGACCCCUAUGAAAACAUAUACUGUGUUAUUGAUGGGUACAAAGACUUCAUAUUAAUACCGCCCACUGACUUGCCUUACGUCCCAUAUAAGAAGUAUAAACAGGCGAUGUUCAAAUAUAAUGCAGGAUGGGACAUCGAAAUGAUAGAUAGUGUUGAACUACCUUGGAUUUGUAUAGAUCCUCUAAAGCCGGACUUCUUGAACUACCCUCAAUUUUCAAAAGCGCAUAGAUACAAAAUUCGCGUAAAUAAAGGGGAUUGUCUGUAUCUGCCUAGUCUAUGGUUCCACCAUGUUUCGCAGAGUCACGGAUGCGUCGCUGUCAAUUAUUGGUAUGACAUGGAGUUUGACAUUAAAUAUUGUUAUUUCAAAAUGCUUGAGAAAUUGUGCGAGAUUCAAACAUAAAUUUAUGAAAAUGUCUCUACCCACUGAUACAUUUGUGUAUAAAAAAAAUAUUGUUCCAUUCAAAAUCACACCUCGAACUGUUAAAAAUGACAAAUUGUAUUCAAAAACCUAUUUGUCAAAUGUUUAUGUUUUGAAAAUUUAAUUGUUAAUCUACAAGCUUGAAUAAAUCAACCAAAUAUAAUAUAAAAUAAGGCAAUUUAAGACUGGAUUUGAAAAAAAAUAUUUUUAACCGACUUAAAAUUAAGCAAUUAUAUUUAUCUGUAUGUAUGUGAUAUAGUUGGAGUUGGAUAAUAUUUAUGAUAAUAAAUAUUAAACUUAGACAUUAAAAGUGUGUAAAUUUUGUUUCGUUUGUCCACAUAUUUUUUGGAAACUAAAAGCCAUAGUGAUAUGGAGUAUAUUCAGCACUGGAAUUAAGAAAGCAAGUCCUUUUGAGCUUUGCUAAUAUAGUAGAAUCUGUGAAAACUUACCAAAUCUGUGGUACAAACCAUAGAGAUUGAUUGUCUAUUACUACGAUGGCAUAGCUCAAGACUUUCUUAAUCCCAGUGCUGCGUUAUUGAAGACUAAA